AUGGGUACCCACGGAAAGGUCUUUACUUUAGCCGAGGUCUCCGAGCACAACAAUCCCAAGGACUGUUGGCUCGUCAUCGGUGGAAAGGUAUAUGAUGUGACAAAGUUCUUGGAAGACCAUCCUGGUGGUGACGAGGUUUUGUUGUCGGCCACAGGGAAGGAUGCAACUGACGAUUUUGAGGAUGUCGGUCACAGUGACAGUGCAAGAGCGCAGAUGGAUGACUUCUACGUUGGUGACAUUAAUUCAGAAACCAUCCCCAGCUCGAUCAAGUAUACUCCUCCCAACCAGCCUCACUACAACCAAGACAAGACAUCAGAUUUCAUCAUCAAGCUGCUCCAGUUCUUUGUUCCGCUGCUUAUCUUGAGUGUGGCUGUUGGUAUCCGUUUCUAUACCAAAUCAUCAGCUUAAUAUUUGAGCAUGUGAGAGAAUUGGAAUGCAAUCGGUAAUAAGUUUGUCCAAGUGACUUAAGAACUCCCCCCCCCAACAACAACAAAAAAAAAAAAAAACUUAAUUGUUAGGUUUGGCUCUAUUGUUGAAAAUCCUGGGGAUAGUAGAAAGUUUCAACUUCUAAGUGGUAACGAUUAUGUGCUUGUUUUCUCUUGGCUUACUUUCUGAAACUCGAGAUUUUCCUCAUUGUUGAUGUGCCAUUGUGAAAGUUGUCUCUUUUAUAUGACUUCGUUUAUUUGUUUAUCUUGUGAAUUUUGCUCUAUCAACGAACCCA